AUGUUGAGGCACGUUAUUAUUUUUAACGCCUUAAGCGUUAUUUUAGUGGCCAGUAUUAUUAUUGUUGAACCUGGUCCGAAAUAUCCACCGACGAAAGGGGAAGUGUGGCCAAAACCGCAACAACAAAUAAAACGUGAUACUUAUUAUAAAUUACGCCCCUUGGCUUUUAAUUUUACGGUGUCGGGCGAGACAUGUCACAUACUGAAAUCGGCAAUAAAUCGAUAUUACAAUGUCAUCAGAGGCCUACACCGCAUCGCCUGGAACCAUAUAAAAAAGCACUUGAAACAUACUCCUAAACAUACCAACGUUACAGAUGUUAACUUUCAGGGUUCUAUUAAAGAACUGCAGAUUAAAAUACGCUCACCAUGUGAAGAGCAUCCGCAGAUGGACAUGGAUGAAGUAUAUAACCUGAACAUUUCUGCGGUGUCGACUCUUAGCAGCGACUCCAUAUGGGGAGCUUUGAGAGGAAUGGAGACAUUUGUCCAACUUCUGUACUUAUCCGAUGACUAUAAGGCGGUAUUCAUCAACGGCACAGACAUCGUCGACUAUCCGAGAUACCCCCACAGGGGACUGCUCAUAGACACAUCACGCCAUUACAUCUCCGUGUCUAACAUUCUGAAGACCUUGGAUGCUAUGGAAAUGAACAAAAUGAAUGUCUUACAUUGGCAUAUAGUGGAUGACCAGAGCUUUCCUUACCAGAGCGAGAAGUUCCCUCAAUUAAGUGCUCAGGGCGCAUACACACCGUCUAUGAUUUACACAAAAAACAACAUCAACCACAUUGUGAACUAUGCCAGGGACAGGGGCAUUCGUGUGUUACCCGAGUUCGACGUACCAGGUCAUACUAGAUCCUGGGGAGUUGCGUAUCCGAAAAUCUUGACAAAAUGCUAUCAGUUGGACGAACUGAUCGGACUGGGCCCAAUGGACCCAAGUAAGAAUAUAACCUACAAACUCAUUGGCGAACUGUUCCAAGAAAUACAACAGCUUUUCCCUGAGAAGUACUUCCACGUUGGUGGGGAUGAAGUCGAAUUGUCGUGUUGGGAAUCGAACCCUGAAAUAUUGAUGUUCAUGAGAGAUAAUAAUAUGACGAAGACUAGUGACCUACACGCAUACUUUAUGAAUAAAAUAAUCCCACUGCUUGGAGAGAACUCCAAACCCAUUGUAUGGCAGGAAGUGUUUGAUGAAGGCGUCCCACUGCGAGAUGCUAUUGUGCAAGUGUGGAAAUCUGAGGAUUACAAUACAUUAGUUCAAAUCCUAAAGGCAGGUCAUAAGCUUAUUUACUCUGCAUCAUGGUACCUAGAUCACCUCCAAAGUGGUGGAGACUGGAUCGAUUACUACAAAGUAGAUCCGCGGCAAAUGAUCCCUUCAUUCCAUGCUAAAGUGAACUUAGAUGACAUUGUCGGGGGCGAAGCGUGCAUGUGGGGGGAAGUUGUCGAUGACAGGAACAUACAAAGCAGAGUAUGGCCCCGCACUAGCGCUGUAGCAGAGAAGCUGUGGAGUCCAGAACUACAGCACCACAGAUAUGGUUAUUACUCUUACAAUCCGCCGCAGGAUGUGUUCCACCGCCUCGAGGAACAUUCUUGCCGCAUGAACCGUCGCGGCGUCUACGCUCAGCCUCCUAACGGACCAGGCUUCUGCGUAACCGAAUAA